AUGCCGUGCGUCGGUUGUUACAAAUCCGUUUUCACCGAUGUCGGCGAACGCUGUGCCAAGUGCGGUUGGCCAGUCUGCUCCGGGAACUGUCCGGGCCUCAAAGACCCAAAGCACCACAAGCUCGAGUGCGAUAUCCUGGGCUUGAGGCCAGAUUGCGUAUUGGAUAAUAUGGCUGAUUACUAUAGACACGACGCUUUGUUAGCUUUGAGGUGUCUUCUCCUGCAGAAAGCCGAUGCAGCUAAAUGGCAGCAGUUGUUAGAGAUGCAAUCACAUAUGGAAUGUAGGAUACCUGGCACCCAGGCUUUUGAUGAAGCGGAUGAGUUCAUUGUGGAAUACCUCAUCAAAAAUUUCUUAUCAAAACUAGACAGCGGUAUGAAGAAAGACAUACCGGAUAUAUCGGCGAAUCUGAUACAUAGAAUCUGUGGUAUUAUUGACACAAACGCUAUAGAAAUUCGUUUGGUAGACGGUGUCGAAUUACAAGCGCUUUACACAAAAACAUGCAUUCUAGAACAUAGCUGCCUACCUAACACGAAAUUCAAUUUCGAUCUAUCAACGAAAACUAAAGAUGAUUUAUACAAAAUAUCUGUUAAAAUCGUAACGCCAAUUACCAAACAUGAGCAUAUAUCCACAAUGUAUAGUCACGCAUUAUGGGGCACACAAGCCAGACGGCAACAUUUAAAAGACACAAAACACUUUUCGUGCAAAUGCUGUAGAUGCAGCGAUCCCACCGAGCUCGGUACUUAUUUAAGCGCUAUGAAAUGUCUCGGAGACGAGAAUAAACCGUGCGAAGGUAUCCAUUUACCCGAAGAUCCUUUAGAUGACGAAACAGAAUGGGCGUGCAGCAAUUGUGACGUUAAAAUCAGUAAUUCUCAAGUUUGUUGUGUUAUAUCACAGAUGCAGGACGAAGUGGACAAUGUAUUAAUGAUGGGCGGCGAUAUUACUGUACUAGAAAACGCAUUAUGUCGCUUAUCAACAUUUUUGCAUCAAAAUCACUAUCAUUUAUACUCAAUAAAACAUUCUCUAGUACAACUUUAUGGUCGGCAGCUUGCAUACGCUUCCCAAGAAUAUUUAGAAAAGAAAAUCAAAAUGUGUAAUGAUCUAAUAGAUAUCACGAAUACCUUAGAUCCUGGUAAUGCAAGACUAAGUCUGUACAAUAGCGUUUUACAUCAUGAGUUACACUUGACUUUGGUAAUGAUGUCUAAAAAAGCUAAUAUUGAUGGUAGUAUAAAAAAUGUUGACACGAUCACAACGGUAUUAAGAGAAGCAAAAAAGGCUCUAAACAUAUCUUUGGAGUGCCUUAAAGAUGACACUGAAGAAGCUUCUGGAAAGAAAUUAUACGAAGUCAUUGAACAGAGUAAUAAGGAGUUCGAAAGAUAUUGUAAAGAAAAAAAUGUUAUUUUGUAA